GCAAUCUCGGCCUAAAAAGUGCCAGAGACAACAUAACCUAUUCUUUCUCAAUAGCCAAGCUCUGUCAAGCUAAGGCAUCAAAAUGACGAACUCCAAAGGUUAUCGUCGUGGUACCAGAGAUUUGUUCGCCCGCAAGUUCCGCACACAUGGAACCAUCCCACUUUCCACGUAUAUGAAAGUAUACAAAGUCGGCGACAUCGUUGACAUCAGGGGUAAUGGUGCAGUACAAAAAGGUAUGCCACACAAAGUAUACCACGGAAAGACCGGCCGUGUAUACAAUGUAACAGCCCACGCCCUCGGAGUUAUUGUUAACAAGAGGGUGCGCGGCAGAAUCAUCCCCAAGAGAAUCAACAUCAGAAUUGAACACGUCAAGCACUCAAAGUGCCGUGAGGACUUCCUCAAGCGUGUCAAGGAAAACGAAAGGCUAUUGAAAGAUGCUAAGGCGGCGGGCAAGACAGUCAACCUCAAAAGGCAGCCCAAACCCCCCAGGGCUUCUCACAUUGUGAACGGAAGCGAAAAGCCAGUCUUACUUGCUCCCAUCCCCUACGAGUUUGUAGCCUAAAAAUAAAUAUUUUUUAAGCA